CAUAGUGCUGCGUGUGUGUUGUUUGUUUAUUUUCGAUAUAAAAGUAAAAUUUCAACCAUAAAAUAUUUCGAGCUUUAGUAUAAUGAUUUGAAAGAUAUUCCCUUUAAGACACUGAGAAUACUACUUCAAACUUAUCAAUGGAGCGUGGUAAAAUGUCCUCCGCCGGCCGUGGAGGCAAGAGCAAGGCUCCACAACAUCCUCAAGAUAUAUUUGCCCUGGGCAGCAAGUCAACUGUUGUCGUCUCUAGAGAUUCUGAAAAACGAAAUAUACAUAAACCAUCGACCAGCGGUGUUGCCGAAAGAAAACGCGAAGGUUCUGGGUUUGGCAGUCAGCCUCCUAAUAAGAGGUCCAGAAUUGGGUCACCAGCUGAAGCAGUAGCACCCACAUCAUUGGAAAUAGAUCCUGUUGAUCUGGUGCCUAAUGUCUUGCAAGCUUUGGACACCCAUAACUCAGAUAAACUUCUGGGUCUCCUGACAGGCUCCAUCCGCCUCUUAAAGUCGCAGCGUUCCAAACCGGACCUUAUCCUUUGCAUGAGCAUGUUGUAUUUGACCAAAAUAAGGCCAAAUAUGUUUGCUCAUGAGACAGUUACGCAGACACUUUGUACGCUGCUGAAGAGAGAACAGGGAGCAGCAUUCAAAAGUAAAGGCAAUCCGUUGGUAUUUGUUCUGGCUUGUAAUAUGUUAUAUGCAGGGCAUAAGGAUAGCAAUAACUGGCCAGAUACAUUUAUUAAGGUAUACUUAGAUGACGCACUGAACGAGAGAUGGUGGGUAGAUUGUUCAUGGUGCAAAUGUUUAGUGGAUAAUAUAGUGACAGCGUUUAGCACUAAACAGCCUCCGCCACAUCUUAUUCCUUCUGAUAACACACUGGGUACAAUGUCUCCAUCAGGUUCAGGGUCGCCACUCAUGGGGAGCACGGAGGAUGACGUUGAUAACGCAGAGCUGGAUUACUCCGUGUUUCCGAGGUACUCGAGCAGCUACGAAACAGUCGAGGCGUUAGUGCUCGAAGCGAUCAAAGAGCAGAUACAGCGUCGCGCGGCACCUGAUGCUAUGGGCAAAGGGUUCCUGAAGCUGUUAUCGGCUACUUGCGGUUUUCCAGAGAUCCGCAUGAUAGCCGCCUCUCGCCUUGAAGGCUGGCUACACUCUGGUAAAACGUGGCGAGCUGCGCAAGAGUUGCUCGCGUAUGUGUGCGCGAACGCGUGCGCGGCCGGGCCUAGCGCACCACGUGAUCAUGAAGUGUUGGCGCAGUUGGCGCGUAUGAGAUUGAAGACGAAACCACUGCAAAGUGCUUAUCAGUCGUGUUUGAGGGAGAUGGUAUCCGAAAGUCCGGCGUUGUUACGUAGCGUAGUAACGCACACGAUCUACAACGAAUUAUCGAACGUUCGUUCGCCGAACAACAUGGCGGUGCUCGCUGCGCUCAUACAUGCGCAGCCGCAGCUCGUGCCGACCGCUAUGGCGGAUACUUAUCUGGAGCUGCUGCUGCGCACGGAGGACUACCUGCGGCCGCUGCGCGCGCUGACCCGCGAGUGCAUCCGCGCGGCGCGGUCGGACGCGCAGGCGCUGCUGCCGCUCGCCCGCGCGCUGGCGCAGCCGCCGCCGCACGACCCGCCGCAGGAGAUCCGGGAGCGCGCGUUCCUAGCCAUCGCGGACCUGUUCUGCUGCUGCUGCCUGGUGACGGCUGCUCAGCGGGCGCACUGCGGCGAGUACCGCGCGCACCUGGCGGCUCUGCAGCAGCAGGCGCUGGCCUGGCUGCUCGACACCGCCGUGUCGGUCUACCGCCCGCAGCGGCACGACUACCAGCACGCGCUCAAUAAGAUAAUGUUCGUGGAGCCAGCGGAAACGUACAGCAAAGUGGACAACUGGCCGGCGGAGUCGGAGCGGGCGUUGACUUACCGGCUGUGCUGUGAAGCUCCAUUGUCGCAAAACACGCUGUUAAGGCUCAUCUUUAUUGGCCUUUCUAAGGAAAUCCCAGUAUCCCCAGCGGAAGUGUUCGAACUGAUCGAGCAGUUAGUUAGACGCGCCUGCGCACUACCCCCAGAGGACAGUCCCCUGCAGGUGGACAAGUUGGAGAUAGCUGACUACAUCUUCCAGCUUUGCCAGUUCCACCCCCCAGAUAAUAUCACCCUGCCUGCUGGCUAUACAGCACCAUCGCUAGCCAUAACCUCGCUAUACUGGCGCGGCUGGCUCGUGCUGACCAUGCUGGCAGCUCACAACCCGCAUCAGUUCGCUGAGCGAGCUGCCACCGCUUACCCCACGCUCCGGGCGCUCAUCGAGUGCUGUAUCACCGGCAAGCCGUCAAUCGAGUGGGUGUCCGGUACAGCAGAAACGGAGCGUGUGGAAGCUGAACGAGCGGCCAUCUUACAGCUGGAAACCCAUCUGGCUGCUGCAAGUGCACCUGGGAAGACUCCACAACCUAUUACUGACCAUUCGUCUAGAUUACUGGCACAGCUGACGCUGCUCGAACCUAGUGGAGCAGCCCGCCGGCCGCCCGCGGGCGUGGCGGAAGCGCUGCAGACGCUCAGCUCGCAGCUGCGGCUGGGCCGGCUGCUGUGCCGGCAGCCCGCGCUGCUGCUGCAGCUGGUGGAGCGGCACGGCACGCGCCGCGCGAUGCCCUGGCUGCACCAGCUGCUCAAGCACGACCGGCUCGAGCUCAGCGUGCUCCCCGUACAAUGUCUAUGCGAGUUUCUGUCGGCGGGCGGGGCGGGGGGAGCGGGCGCGGGGGAAACUAGCAAGGCGGGGGAACUGUGCGCGCACGUGCGGCGCACGUUACAGACGGAGGAGGGCGCGAGGGCUGUGCUGCAUUACUAUAUGCACAGGCUUGCGCAUGCGCACGCACCCACCAGGGCCUCCGCGACACGGGGUCUAAAAUUAGUAUUAUCAACAUCGGACGACGCUACCGAGUUGGAUUAUAAUUCUGACGUCAAUCCUGAAUCAUGGCUGCCGCUGCUCCCAACGCUGCGUCACUGGGACGCACUACGCGGCGAAGCGUUGCGGCGCGUGCGUGCUGCGUUGUUAGUGGAGUGUGAGCCGACGCACUUAUCUGCGUAUCUGUCUUUCCUCGCUGAGCACUGCGCGCCUGAUGAGCUGACUGAUACUGUGCUGGAUUUGAGCCAAGUGCUGAUGGAGCGCACCACAGUGAUGGCGCACGUGCUGCCAGCGGAGCGCGCCGAGCGCUGCGCCGCACGGCACCGCGCGUUGCACUCCGCUACCACGAUACUGUACACGCACUUGCGGCAGGUAUUAUCAAUGGGCGAGCAACCGGAACCACCAGAACCGAUGGACGAUUCAGAAGAGGGCGCUAGUACAUGGAGUGGCGGGGAGAAGGUCACGUUGCAGUGGACCAAUGGCAGACGGGCUACAUUGCACGUGGUCAUUGCGCACGCGCAUCUGAAGCUCUUGUGCUAUGGACCAUCUAUGUAUGACACAAACCAGGAGAUGUACACGUGGCUGCAAAGCAUGUGGGUGGGGGCCGAUGCGCCAGAGACGCUCAUCGGAGAAUCACCUGAAGAAGGUGUGUUAUUACCUGAUUGGUUACGCCUGCACUUGGUACGAUCAGCGCGGCCUGCACUGCUGGAGGCGGGGCUCCGCGGGCUGCCUGCGCACAAGCUGGCCCUCUUUAUACAGACAUUUGGCAUGCCUGUCGCAUCUAUGAGCGCGCUGCUGGCGGCGCUGGACGCGUGCCCGGUGAGCGCGGUGGUGCGGCUGGGCGUGGAGCGCGGCUACAUGGCGCAGCUGCUGCGCGUGCAGCGCGCGCGCGGGGCCACCGGCGGCGCCGCCUUCGCCGCCGUGCUCAAGCUGCAGCGCGCGCACGCGCCGCCCGACGACACGCUAUUCGUGGAACCCGCUCUGCCAGAGGAGGCCUGCGAGGCGUGGGACUGCGCCCCCGAGCCCCCGCGCUCCACCUCACACGCCGCGCUGCUUGCUACUGCGUUCGCUGGAGCUAAUAGUUAUAGUGGGGAUCUGGAUACUGGCUUCACGCAAUUGAACACUCAAAUCCUCGAAGAAUCGCGCACCACCGCGGGCCCAGCCACCAGCACAGCAUUGGACUUCCUGCGCGGGGUGGCAGCAGCGAGCUGUGCCGGCUCGGACCCGCUGUGCGGCGUGCUGGCCCGCCCGCACUACGCGGCGCCGCUCGUGCGCAGCUUGCUGCACGCGGCGCCGCGCGGCCUGCCCGAGAUAUGCAACGCACUUCUCGCACGCAUGAGUUACGUGCGCGGGCCCGUUUACGACGCACUUCGAGCGGGUGCCAACUUAAGUGCUACAAGUGUUAGUGCAAGUGUCAGUGUUAGUGUAAGUGCCAUCUCGCUGCCGAACCUACCACCGUGUGCUACUAAGGAACAGAUUAUUGCUGCAUUCGAGUCAGCGACUUCGAGUACGCUAGAAGCGAUUGGAAACUAUAUAAUCGAGACACAAGACACUCAGCUGGUGGUGGACGCGAUUUCGCAGCUACUGCAGAAUAACCAAGAUGGGAAAUACGAUCUGAUAAAAGAAGAGCCAGGCAAGUUAAUCGGGCCAGCUUCAGUAUUAUCAGGCAGUACGCUCGGCUGCGGGCUGCUGCUCGACUGGCUGGCUGAACUACAUCGCGAGACACUGUGUAAACUGAUGCGUGUAAUGUUCGUAAGUGGUGGUGCUCGCUGGCGGCCAUUGCUAGUGACGCUAGUAGCGCAACGUGCUUCUUGGCGCACUUUGCACGCCUGUCUCGCGCACCUGCUCACACCGGAUGGUAAAUGGGCAGCCCGUGCGGUACUAGAGUUCGCUGAAACACUAGUUAACAGUCCCCGUAUAUGGCAGGGCAGAGACCGCGCCACGCCGAAACAUUAUACGCCUGAUGAUACGCUGCGACUCACGCAUAAACAGCUCGACGUUUUAAUCCGUUAUGUAGGCGAGGAAGCAUGGGAGGUACAACAAACAGAGGGCAUGGAGGGUGCGCGGCGCCGCAUCGAGGCGCGGCUGCCGCUCGUGCUGCGCUGCUGCGGCGCGCCGCACGCGCUGCUCGCCGCGGCGCUGGCGGCCAGCCACACGCACCCGCUGCUGCUGCUGCUGCUCUACAUGAAGGUGCCAAAAGUGCUGCAAGUGCUCCGCGAGAGUUCUUCCCGCCCUUCCGCCCAAGAGCUCAAGGUGGGCGGAGAGGAUCUGCGCCUGGCUGCGCGCGCGUCCACGAGCGCCACGGACCAAGUGUCGCACGCGUUGUUGACUGCGCUUGCGCAUCAUGCACCGCACGCGCAUGGCAAGGAUCACUCGCAGAAAGCAUGGCGUAUCGAAGCAGCGGCACGUGCGGUGUGGGCACGUGUAGAGGGCGCUGGUGAACGGGCACUACCCUUGGCUGGUGCGUUGUUACGUGGUGUUAGAGCUCGUCAUCACCAUCAUUUGCUAGCUGCGUUGGAGAUGCUGCCUGAUCGCGAGCUGUUUGCUGCGCCGGCCAGCGCGGAAAUCCACGGCAUCCUCGAGUGUUUCCUCACACUGGUGACAGCGGGCGAAGCGCGCGGUGCUGCGGGCGCGUUGCCGCACCGCGUGGCGGCGCUGCUGCGGCGCUAUCUCGCUGCGAGACCGGCGCGGGCUGCUGCACUGCUGCACAAGCAUAGAGAUGUUGCGAGUCACCCCGCUCUAAGCAGCGUGGUGAGCGGAGAAGCGAGUGCAAGUGCGUCUCCCCCCCCACACGCACUCGCUGCGUUGCAGCGUCGACGAGCACCACCUGAUGAACUUACUUGGCUUGUGCAGGAGGUAGAAGCGUGGGGCGUGCGUCGCGGCGGCGCGUGGGGCGGCGCCCGCGCGGCCGGCGCGCUGGCCCGCGCUGUGGCCCCGCUCGCCGCACACGCGCACGCACCGCUGCGCAACGCGGCCUUGUCGCUGCUGACCAAGCUGCUGCCUGCUGUGCCCGACACGCAGCCUGGUCUCCAAGCGAUCCUCGAAUGCCUAGAAUCCCCGAACAUGGAAGUGGUCCUCAGCGUACUCGACCGGCUCCCGUCCCUGGUGGUAGGGCUCCAAGAACACGGGGCAGUGCUCCUUUCGCGGCUAUUUGAGCUCGGGGUGCACUCUAGGGCUCCGGUGGAUACGUGUCUCGCGAAGUGCGUCGCGGCUAUUAACUUGCAACGAGCUUGUUAGGGGAGGAUGA